UCUGCCGAGAAACCGGGGCCGAGGGACUGGAGGUUGGGCCGUGGUGCUCCCAGCCCGGUUUCCACGUCUCCGCCCAGUUCACGGCGGCUUCACUCCUCACGGUUUUUUGUUUUGUUUUGUUUUUUUUCUCUGCAACGUGAGUGGCGUUGCCUCGCAGUGAUUUCCGUGGGCGUCGCUAAAGGAGGACCUGGGAGGAGAGGAAGCCGCUGCAAACUGGCCAAGCUCCAGAAGGCGUGGAAGUACCUCCGCGUUUCCCAUUUUAACUCGUCGUGAGCAGCGCGCUCUUCCCGGGCCUCGGUGGUCCCGGCACGUUGUGGGUGGUAUUCAUUGCCCAGACGCUCCGUGUAAUUAGGAGAGAGAAAAACCACCGUUUUCCAGCAUUUCUCGUGGAGGAGGAGAACUAAGCGAUAGGAACAUGUCUAUUUUCCCUAAAAUAUCUUUGAGACUUGAGGUUGAAAGCUAUCUGAAAGCGGGCUUUAUGAAUGAGGAGGUUGUAUCUGUUUUAGGUAAAGAAGCAGCAGAAAGGAAGUUUGAAACUCUGUUACAUAAGUUGUCCCACCCUCCAUCAUUCACUACUGUCAGAGUAAAUACGCAUCUGGCCUCAGUACAACAUGUGAAAAGUCUGUUAUUUGAUGAGCUUCAGAAGCAGUUUAAUGGAUUAAGUUUUCCUAUUCUUCAGCAUCCAGACCUUCAGGAUGUCUUACUUAUUCCUGUUAUUGGACCUAGGAAUAAUAUAAAACAACAGCCCUGUGAAGUUAUUGUUGGAGCCCAGUGUGGCAAUGCAGUCUUACGAGGAGCCCACGUCUAUGUUCCAGGAAUUGUGUCAGCCUCAAAAUUUAUGAAAGGUGGAGAUGUUGUUUCCGUGUACUCUGAUAUUAAAGGCAAAUGUAAGAAAGGAGCCAAAGAAUUUGAUGGAACAAAAAUAUUUCUUGGAAAUGGGAUUUCUGAACUAAGCCGCAAAGAGAUCUUCAGCAGGCUCCCUGAACUGAAAGGCAUAGGCGUAAGAAUGACAGACCCAGUGUAUCUGAGCCCCUCAUUUGACAACGUACUGCCUAGCUACUUAUUUUUACAAAAUUUGCCGUCUGCUGUAGUAAGUCAUGUUCUGGAUCCUCAGCCUGGAGAGAAGAUUCUAGAUUUGUGUGCGGCCCCCGGAGGCAAAACAACACACAUUGCAGCGCUGAUGCAUGAUCAGGGAGAAGUGAUAGCACUGGAUAAAAUAUCCAACAAAGUAGAAAAAAUAAAGCAGAAUGCGUUAUUGUUAGGGCUAAAUUCCAUCAGGGCAUUUUGCUUCGAUGGAACAAAGGCCCUUAAACUUGAUAUGGUUAAGGACACAGAUGGAGAACCUCCAUUCUUACCGGAAUCUUUUGACCGAAUUCUUCUGGAUGCUCCCUGCAGUGGACUGGGACAGAGACCAAACAUGGCUUGUACCUGGACUUUGAAGGAAGUGACAUCAUAUCAGCCAUUACAGCGAAAACUCUUCACUGUGGCAGUGGAGCUGCUGAAGCCGGGGGGCGUGCUGGUGUAUAGCACGUGCACUGUCACCCUAGCAGAGAAUGAAGAACAGGUUGCCUGGGCCCUCAAGACAUUUCCUCACCUUCAGCUUCAGCGCCAGGACCCACAGGUUGGAGGAGAAGGGAUGCUGGGAGCUGGCCUGUCAUCUGAGCAACUGAAACGGCUGCAGCGAUUCAAUCCCUGUGUGGUGCCGUCACAGGACAGUGACACUGGUUCUCUCGGAGACGCCAGGAUAGAAGACACGAGUUGGCUCGCAAAUAAGGAUUGUAUAGGCUUUUUCAUUGCAAAAUUUGUAAAAUGCAGAAGCACGUAGGAGAAGGAUCCUUAGAAAUGAAAGUUCCAAACAUUUUCCGUUUUUUUUAAACCAAAAACUGUGGUCAGGCCACGUGAUUGAUGCCGUGGUUGCUGAGGAAACAGAAAAGGCUGCCGGCUGUUCCACCAGGAAUCAAGAGACUGUACUUCACAGAGGAAGUAGCCGGGGGGGUGGAGGGGGGGCACUUGUGUGUCUAAAAUACUUUUCCUUUAUGGAUUUAGCAGAGUAUAAAGAAAAGGAGAUGCCUGAAGAUGUCUGGAACAUUUCAUUUGGGGUCUUUGUUUUAAUUUGUAAAGAAUGCAAGUCAUUUUUAAUGUUAAAAUAAGUGGAUUUAACAAAAGGAAUAAAAUUAGUGGUAUUUAAUUUGGUUAUAAAACACGUUUUCCAUUAUUGAGUUCCUUCAGAAUUCAGGGUGUGGGAACUAUAACUUAUUUAUCAAGUGCCAGGAACGUAGCUGGGGAUUUCACCUGACUUUUUCUGUUUACUAUUUGGUAAGUCAACCCUCUUUCAAAUGAAUUCUGGACUACUCCCAGUAACAGUCUCCCUUCACUAUGUUGAUGUUUUUUCUUCUGUCAUAUUUUAAACUAAAAACUAAAAUGAAUUUUUUUAAACUCUGUAGAUUAAAAAUGAGACUAUUGCACAAUUCGGGUACCUUUUAGCAUCUAAUGGAAUACAUACAAGUUCCUAGAGACGUGAUUGGUGAGAAAACCACCUUGUGAGAGCUGGGAAGUGGCCAGGCGCUCACAGCUAAGCCUUGGUGUUCUCCCUCUGAACAGAAGCAGCUCCACAGAACACCUUCCCCAGACCAAGCAACUGUGACUAGGUCAAGACGAAACAAGACCACUUCACCAUCAGACCUGAAAUCCCCCAAACUGCAGAAGUGACCAAACAUCACCCAUGGCGGCCAAUAUAAGAGGGCGGCCUUUUUAAGAUGAACUGUGUAACUGUAGGCUUGCUUUUCAUCCUACCUGCUUUUUAGAUAAAAUACAUUAAAAUACCCAGCCAUAGUUUAAAAGCUAUCUCAUGUUGUGUUAAAUACAUCUAUUUUGUUAAUUCAAAUCACCUCAAAAUGCCUGAGCCUCGGACAACUGCCUAAUAUAUUUUUUUCCCUUCAUAGGUCUCCAUUAGGAACUUCUUGAAACUUCCUUGUAUCCCUGAAGAAUGCUCAUCUCAUCUCAGAUCAGCAUGACUCUUGACGUGUUAGUAAGAUUAUCCAGGAGUAGCAGCAUUGUGUCACUGAGCAAAGGGCGAGGAACUGAAGAUCCAUUCUGAUGACAAGUUUAUUUUAGAAAGGAAAAGUACAGUUCAAAAUCGGAGGCAAGAAUUGCAGACCAUAUAGGAUGAAGGUGGGAGAAAGUUGGCUUUGCCGUGCUCAGGCCUUCAGAGGCCUUUGACCUGCCGGAAGCUGUCACUUUUCAGGUGUCGUGGGGAGAUGACCACAGCCCAUCAGUGACGGGCAGCACCCCCCAGGAUGAUGCGCCCCACACGCGAAGUGCAGAGCAGGCGUCCGACGCAGGAAAACCUCAACGUCUCGUUCACUUCAAGUCACCUCCUUUUGCCCUGAUUUCUUGCGAAGAGCAGAAGCUUUGGUUAUAAGAAGCACUUCGAGGUUGUGACGGACAGUGAAAGUGUCGGAGCGGGGGGAACACAACGGGCACGGCGGGCGAGGCGAGAUGACUACUGAGGUGUUAGAUUAACAAAGCGAGGUCACCACGGAACACACCGUAGCUGUUCGUAAGCGACGACCAUGACCUAGACAAGUGCUCGUGAAUGUGGGUGUGAAGCCUUCAAGUGGAUUAUACUGCAUAGCGAGACUUACCGGAGGGCACUGAGCCAGCUUAUCUGCUGCUACCAUCUGAACAUUGAGGUGUUUAGCUUGAGAUUUCCCUCGAGAUUUUAUUAACCUUUGUAAAACCUGUAAAAGACGAGAUUCUUCAACUGGGGUAUCUGCACUCAGGUGAACAACAAGGUUCGUUAUUCAUUCCUUUCUCCGGUGUCCUCUGCAUGCAGCACUGAUGGUUUACAAAUAGAUUACGCUAGAAAACAAUCUUCAAGAUGGUCAGCAAAAUUAACACGUUGACAUAAAUCUCAGUCGCAAGCUUCGUAAGUCACCAGCGUGGAGAUGUUUCUGAGUCUUGUCUUUUUUCAAGGCUAGCAGUUCUCAAACUCUGUCUCAUGAUUUAUGUUUUUAAACACUGUGGAGAACUCCCAAGAGCUUUUUAUGUGAACUGUAAUAGUUAUAUAUUAGAAACUAAAACUGAAAAAUUCAUUUAAGAAUGACCAGUAACCUCUUAUAUGUUAACAUGUCAUGCAUUCUGAUAAAAUAGCUAAGUUAUUUGCAGGUUUCUCUACCGCCUGGCUCCCCAGAAGACAGCUGCUGUGCCCUGCUUCUACAGUGAAUCUGCUGCGGUGUAUUGUUUGAAACAGGCAAAGAAAAUCCAGUCCCCUACAGAUACGUAAUUAGUAGCCUUUUCAGAUAAUUGUGGGUAUCUUUCUUUGAUACUACAGUAAACAAGUGGUAGCUUUUUAAAGACUAGCUCUCACGUGAUAUCUAAAUCCCUAUCACUCAAUGAACUUUUCUUACUCUGUCACGUUAAAUUCCAUUGAUCUGUCCUGAAAUUUGAAGGACAUGUCAGUUGUUCUUUCCAAUAAAAAUGGUGUUCCAGGACGAAA